UAAAACCUUCUUUUCGGUGAAGGUCUCUGCACAUAGAAGAAAGUUGCAUUUUCUCUUUCUAAGUUCAUCUUGAAAAAUGUCUCUGCUAUCGGAUCUCAUCAAUCUUGAUCUCUCUGAUUCAACUGAGAAGAUUAUCGCCGAAUACAUAUGGAUUGGUGGAUCUGGGCUAGAUAUGCGAAGCAAAGCAAGGACUCUUCCUGGUCCAGUUACUGACCCAUCUCAAUUGCCUAAGUGGAAUUAUGAUGGAUCUAGCACUGGUCAAGCUCCAGGGAAAGAUAGUGAAGUCAUCAUCUAUCCUCAAGCAAUUUUCAAGGAUCCUUUCAGAAGGGGAAACAACAUCUUGGUGAUUUGCGAUGCCUACACUCCGGCUGGGGAGCCAAUUCCCACCAACAAGAGGCACGCAGCAGCCAAGGUCUUCACCCAUCCCGAUGUUGUUUCUGAAGUACCAUGGUAUGGUAUUGAGCAGGAGUACACUUUGCUUCAGAAGGAUGUCAAAUGGCCACUCGGGUGGCCAAUUGGAGGUUACCCAGGACCUCAGGGGCCAUACUAUUGUGGAAUUGGUGCUGACAAGGCUUGGGGCAGGGACAUCGUCGAUGCCCAUUACAAAGCUUGCCUCUACGCAGGCAUUAACAUAAGUGGGAUUAAUGGUGAAGUUAUGCCUGGCCAAUGGGAGUUCCAAGUUGGACCAUCUGUUGGUAUCUCAGCUGGUGAUGAGCUGUGGGCAGCUCGAUACAUCUUGGAGAGGAUUACUGAAAUUGCUGGAGUCGUCCUUUCAUUCGACCCCAAGCCUAUCCAGGGUGACUGGAAUGGAGCAGGCGCUCAUACUAACUAUAGUACCCAAUCAAUGAGGGAAGAGGGGGGUUACGAGGUGAUUAAGAAGGCGAUUGAAAAGCUUGGAUUGAGGCACAAGGAACACAUAGCUGCCUACGGUGAAGGCAAUGAGCGUCGUCUAACCGGUCACCACGAGACAGCAGACAUCAACACUUUCCUAUGGGGAGUGGCUAACCGAGGUGCAUCGAUCAGGGUGGGUCGUGACACGGAGAAGGAAGGGAAAGGAUACUUUGAGGAUAGAAGGCCGGCAUCAAACAUGGACCCUUAUGUUGUUACAUCGAUGGUGGCAGAGACUACUCUGUUGUGGAAACCAUGAAGACUGUUGUGGGGAUGAUGGUGAUGGAAUGGUAUGGUAUUUUGAAUUUGUUAUGUUUUCCUUGAAUGUUUAAGGAUUAUUGGAUGGUUUUAUUUACAGGAAUAAGAUAACAUUUGUAUUGUUUGUGGUUUCAAAGUGUUCAUUAUCUUGAAU